CAUCACCUCGCUGUGCCGCGCCUGGCAGCCAGCUGAGCAGCGCCGCUGCUUUGAGGAAGCGUUCAGUUCUUCUCCCAGCAGUUUCAUUUCUUGCCGCGAGCUCUGGCUUUCAGAGGACCUCCGGGCAAUAACUAUGACGAGCAGCGGGCAGAAACCUGAUGAAAGCAGAAGUAAACGCAGGAAAGAGCUGGAGGCCGAUGAUACAGAAAGCCCUCAGCUGUCUUCUGCUGACACAGCAGACCCAGCGCUUUCGGAUGGCCUGCAGUCCCUGUACAAACCUGAGCCUCUGGAAGAGCUGCUAAACGAGAUGAAUAAAGAAAUCAAGAACUUGUUGGCAAAGUAUGCCCACAUCUUAAGUGAGAGAGCAGCAAUGGAUGCUUCUUACGUGCAAGAGCUUGAUGGAAUCUUGAAGGAAGCGAGAACAAUAGAAAACCACUUAAAACAGAAAAAAGAGAGUCUGAAGCAGAGAUUCGCUAUGAUUGCAAAUACUCUGCAAAGCUAAAUGAAGUCUGUUACGUUGCAGAAAUGCUCAUUGUUGUAAUCAACUUCGAUACAUAAAGUUUAUAAACAAUGCUGGAUGUGAUGAAUGCUUCAUACGUAUUUCUGUAAAUAUUUCUAGCAGUUCAGGAAACAUUUGUCACCUUUAGCUUCUUAUUUGUUUUAAUAAGUAUAUGCACUAUAAGGAGUAGUGGUAGUUCAAAAGACGCAAAAUAUUUAUUUUGAAUCCCACAAUGACUUCAAGGGAUUCUACAGAUUAGAACAGCAUUUCCUAUUUGCCAAUCCACUGUUUAGACUGUUGCUAUGCUUCCAUCCCAAGAAAAUUAACUUUUGGUACCCAAAUCAUAGUAGAAUGUACCUUGAAUUUUACUUUCGUUGUUGUCUCCGAACAUAAUUGAACAUGACUGAAAAGAGAAGCUUAGAAAUAGGAGAGUUCUAUUAAGAGUAGUACUUUGGAAAUGUAUAACA